AUGAUCCGCCCGCCGUGGUUCACCGUCACGAACCUGCUCAAGGCGCUCGACGCCAGGCGCGCGGGGGCGCGGCCGCGCGGGACGGGGAAGUCGCGCGCACUGGCGGAGAGGGGCGCACUGGCGGAGAGGGGCGCGGGGCUGUUCGACCGCGCCAUGCGCGUUGUAGUGUACAGCGGGGGAUGCCACGUGCGGGAUGUGCGGAAGAUGGCGGAACAAGUGGCGGAGGGAGUGGAGGAAGGAAAGGGGGAGGGAAAGGCGGGGAAGGAUGGACACGGCAGUGAGUCUGUGAGUGAGCUUGAUCAGAAUAAACGCUUAGGGGAAGAGAAAGGUGCAUCCUCUUCCUCCUCCUCCUCCUCCUCCGCCGCCUCCUCCCCCCCUCGCUUCCACAUCCCAGCCUCCUACGACCUCGCUGCGCACCGCCUCACCCGCGCCACCAACACCUCCCUCGCCUCCACGCGCGCGCUCGUCGCCACACUCGCCACCGCCGCGCGCCUCAACCCCCUCGCCGACCCCCACACCGCCGCCAUCCGCGCCACCGCGGAAGCCCUCUCCUUCCCCAUUGACACCCUCCCUGCACACCCCGCCGUGUGCGCCCUCCUGGACGACCCGGUGGCGCUACUUAACAAAGUGCCGGCGGGCGUGGUGGAGAGCGAGGGGUGGGAGCGGUGGCGGUGGCAUGUGAAGCUGGCAAUGGACACGGUGCACGUGGUAAGGCAGUGCGUGGGCACGGGCGCACGCAUGGUGCUGCUGCUGCAGGAUGACGUGGUGCCAGCCUGGCAGUGGGACGUGGGGCUGGAGAGGUUCGUUGCUGUGGACCUGCCACGAUUGGUGGGCGCACGGGGAAAAGAAGGGGAGCACGAGAGCAAGAGCGAAAUGUUCGGAAGAGCUGAGAGUGACAACGAGGACCGUAGCUCGCACUCCAGGUAUCCCGCGUGGGACGUGCUGUCGUUGUACUACCCACAGACGUACGGGUGGCAGCUGGCCCACGGGGCGGAGUACCCCGUGCCGUGCUGCGCGCAGGCGCUGCUGCUGAACGCGUCCACCGUGGACGGGCUGCUGGAGCACGUGGAGGCGGGGCUCAUGCGCGCCCCCCUCGACCUCCUCAUCCAUGAGUUCCUCCUCUCUGGUGCUUCCCGGGAGAACGGUGGUGAUGGGAGUGGAGGCGGUGGUAAUGGUGGUCGCUUGGGUGAUAAUGAGGGUGGUAGUGCUGGUGAAGGGCGGCGUCCGCGGGCGUAUGUGCACAUCCCAUCGCUCUUCCAGCACAUUGGGGUGGUGAGGACGAAUGUGCUCAAGGGGAAUCAGGGCCACAGCGACAAGCGGUUCCGACCGGACUAUGUGGAGGAGUAUAGGAGUGUGGAGGAGGUGAGGGAUGAGUUGCGGAGGAAGGAGGAGAUGGAAAAGGAGGAGCGUGAGUUGAUCAGAAAAAGGGCUGCUAGGAUACGGAAAAUGUCGGACAGCGAGGAGGAUUACUACCAGGACUCGGAGGAGGAGGAGCAGGUGGACGACUCGGACGACGACGAGGACUAUGGCUUUGAUGAUCCUGACGUCGACGACGACGACCCCGUGCUGCGACCCAGACAGGUGCGGUACAGGAUUCUAUCGGAGAAGGACAUUCUGCAGCGACAGCAGGAGGCGACCGGCGACGUGGCGACGGUGCUCUCCAUCCCCAUGGACGACGCCGCCAUCCUGCUGCGCCACUUCAAAUGGAGCGUGAGUCAGGUGAACGACGAGUGGUUUCAGGACGAGGACCGCGUGAGGAAGGCCGUGGGGCUGCCGCGCCCGCACUCCCCCUCCUCCUCCCCCUCCUCCUCCUCCGCCUCCGACCGCCGCCCCGGCAAGGAACCCGAGCCGCAUCUGACGUGCGGCAUCUGCUUUGAGAGCUACCCGCAGGCGGCCAUGAAGCCUGCAGAGUGCUUCGACCACUUCUUCUGUGACGCCUGCUGGCAAGGGUACGCCAAGGCAGCGGUGGCGGACGGGCCGGGGUGUCUGUGCCUGCGCUGCCCGGACCCGUCGUGUGGAGCAGCGGUGGGGGAGAAGCUCGUGCUGGCGUCGCUGCCGGACGCCCUGCGCGCCAAGUACCUCAAGUACCUCCUGCGCUCCUAUGUGGAUGACAACCGCAAAGCCAAGUGGUGCCCUGCGCCAGGCUGUGAGUACGCGGUGGAGUAUCUACCGGACUCCACACACUAUGACGUCAUCUGCAAGUGCAGCUUCGCCUUCUGCUGGAAUUGUUUGGAGGAGGCGCAUCGGCCAGUGGACUGUGAGACGGUGGGCAAGUGGAUUCUCAAGAACAGCGCUGAGUCAGAAAACAUGAACUGGAUCCUGGCGAAUUCCAAGUCGUGUCCCAAGUGCAAGCGGCCCAUAGAGAAGAACCAGGGGUGCAUGCACAUGACCUGCACGCCGCCCUGCAAAUACGAGUUCUGCUGGCUGUGUCUAGGGUCGUGGACGGAGCACGGGGAGAAGACGGGGGGAUUCUACGCAUGCAACCGAUACGAGUCAGCCAAGCACGAGGGCGUGUACGACGAGACUGAGAGGCGGAGGGAGAUGGCGAAGAACUCUCUGGAGAAGUACACCCACUACUACGAGCGCUGGGCUGCUAAUGAACAGUCGAGAGUAAAGGCGCUUGAGUCGCUGCGGGAGAUGCAAACAGUCAAGAUAGAGCAACUGAGUGAGCGCCACAGCCAGCCCGUCUCACAACUCAAGUUCGUCAUCGACGCAUGGCUGCAGGUGGUGGAGUGUCGCAGAGUCCUCAAGUGGACAUACGCCUAUGGCUACUACCUACCAGAGGCGGAGGUGGCGCGGAGGCAGUUCUUUGAGUACCUGCAGGGCGAGGCGGACGCGGCGCUGGAGAAUCUGCACAAGAUGGCUGAGAAGGAGCUGGAGCUCUACAUCUGUGACGACGGCGACCCGCCCCCGACGUCUUUUAACGACUUUCGUUCACGACUGGCAGGGCUCACCAGUGUGACGCACACAUACUUUGAGAACCUAGUGAGAGCGCUCGAGAACGGAUUGGCAGAUGUCGAGAACGCCUCUACAGCGGCCUCUUCCACCCGCGCCGCUGCCGCCGCCGCCGCAGCAGCAGCAGGCCGAGCCAUCGCCAGCACCUCGCGCAUCUCACAGUCCCGCUUCGGUGCGCGCACCCGCUCCCGUACCACUGCCGCUUCCGCCGCCGCCGCUUCUACCUCUGCUGCUGGCUCGUCUGCUGCAGGCCCGAGUGGUUCGUCUGCGGGAGCAGCAGCAGCGGGUGGUGGUGGGGGUGCGGGGUCGAGCCGCGGGAGUAUUUUCCGGUCGUCGUCGUCUCAAGCGGCCGCUGCGGCGGCAGCGGCGGCAGUGACGGUGGGGAAUACGGGAGGGAGGGAUCGGGAAGAGACGGCGUAUUGGUCGUGUGAGCACUGCACGUAUGCGAACCCGUUGCCCGGCCGGGCGUGUGCCAUGUGCCAUCUGCCACGCAGCACCCGCGAGGCGAAACCAGCCAUUCGGCCCGUGGUCAUUCUCCCGGGAUUGGGCAACAACUCGGCGGAUUACGCGGAGCUCGUCGCGCUGCUGGAGGCGCAGGGCGUGGCGGCGGAGGUGGCACGCGUGGCGAGACCUGAUUGGCUGCGGAACGCCGCGGGGCUGCUGCAGGCAGACUACUGGAAGGGAACGCUGAAGCCCCGCCCGAUCCUCGACUGGUACUUGGAGCGGGUGGCCGCAGCUGUGGAGGCCGCCAAGAAGAGAGUCCCAGGUGCCUCCCAGGUGUCGCUGGUGGCGCACUCAGCAGGCGGGUGGGUGGCACGCCUCUACCUCGCGGAGUACGGCCAUGCUGACGUGGCGCUGCUGCUCUCCCUCGGCUCGCCGCACCUCCCACCGCCAGCAGGGGCAGAGGGGGUGGUGGAUCAGACCAGGGGCCUGCUCACGCACAUGCAGGCCGUCUCGCCAGGCGCCUUCCACGCACCCCAUGUCAAAUACGUCUGCGUCUCGGGCAGGUACAUCAAGGGCUUGCCCCUGUUCGGAAGCCCUGCUGCGGCACCUACAACAGCCGCAGCAGUCUCUGCACCAGCAGCUGUGGCGGCAGCAGCAGCAGGGGGGGAGGCGCGUGUGUUUGCCCUGGAUGUGAAACCAGUGGGGGGCGCAGCAGCACAGGCAACUGGUGGGCCAAACUCAGAGUUCGAGAGUGAUAGAGAGAGUGGGGAGGGCAGCAGCAGGGUUUCAGAUGAAGAGAGUGAAGAGGCUGUUGCUGGGGGGCAGGUGGAGGUGGCAUCGGGGGGAGGUCUGUUGCAGGCGCGCAUGGUGGGGCAGGGGUACAAGCAGGUGUGCGGGCGGGCGGAGGUGUGGGGGGACGGAGUCGUGCCGGAAGAUGCCGCCCUGCUGGAGGGAGCGGAGAAUCUGAUAUUGGACGGCGUGUAUCACUCGCCUGUGGGGGCCAGUGAGGCCCGGCCGUGGUACGGCUCUCCCUCCGUGCUGCCCUCGUGGCAGCACCACCUGUUGGUCUGA